CCAAAAAAUAUAGAUAUCGCGCUUUCCCUCCCAAAAUCCCCGCCCUUCGUCAUUUCUAGGGUUAGCAAAAAUCUCUCUUUUCUCUCCAAUUUUCCCUCACUUUCUGUUCGUUCAAACGCCGAAAUUGGUCUUCUCCAAUGGCGAUCAAUCUGACGGAGGGUGCGAUAAUGAUGAUGUGCCGGGGCGAGUUGAAGGCCGAGGAGGUGAAGCCGGUGCUCCAGGUGAUCGACGUGAAGCAGGUUAGCACUCAGGCGCAGCAGCACAGCAACACUGAGAGGUUUAGGGUUGUGCUUUCCGACGGCUCGCACCAUCAGCAGGGAAUGCUCGCAACGCAGAUGAACGCUCUUGUCAAGGAUGGCAGGUUGCAGAAGGGCUCCGUCGUCCAGUUAACGCAGUUCGUCUGCAAUGUCGUCCAGAACCGCAUGAUUAUUAUCAUUGUCGAUUUGGAUUUGAUACUUGAAAAAAGUGAUCUUAUUGGAGAACCUGUAUCAGCACCAAGGACUGGGCCUGUACAUCCCUCCGCUGGUCAACCAGGGACAGGAACUGGGAAUCUCCAAUCUUUUCCUGGAAGUUCACGUGCUGAUGGUGUGGUUAAUAAACCAAACAUGGCCGGCAUAUCUAUGGAGCAUCCUAGAACAAUUCAAUCACAUGGCAAUGCUUAUUCUAAUAAUUCCGAUGCAGGAGGAUAUGCUGCAUCAAAUAUGCCUUACCCUAAAGCAGAGCCUAGUGCUGGGUUUCCUGGAUCAGUGUCACUGGGUGGGUCAUAUAGUGGUCAGAACAUGAGUUUCCGCAGUCCUAGGCCAGAAGCUCCGCGGCCGCCUCUAAAUACCUCUUACCGUCAACCUCAGCCUGCAUAUCAACAGCCACCUCCAAUGUAUACUAACAGAGGACCAGUAGCUAGAAAUGAAGCUCCCCCUAGGAUAAUUCCCAUUGCUGCUCUGAAUCCAUACCAGGGCAGGUGGACAAUCAAGGUUAGAGUUACAGCAAAAGGAGAACUUAAGCACUACAAUAAUCCUCGUGGUGAUGGUAAAGUAUUCUCUUUCGAUCUUCUUGAUUCUGAUGGUGGAGAAAUUCGGGCUACUUGUUUUAAUGCUGUGGCUGAUCAAUUCUACAACCAGAUUGAGGCUGGUAAGGUUUAUCUGAUUUCCAAGGGAAGUUUAAAACCUGCUCAAAAAGCUUACAACCAUCUCCCAAAUGAUCAUGAAAUUCUCUUAGAGAGCACAUCAAUAGUACAGCCUUGCUUCGAUGAAGACAGCUCAAUUCCACAGCAGCAGUUUCACUUCCGACCCAUAAGUGAUAUUGAAGGCAUGGAGAAGAACAGCAUUGUGGAUAUAAUUGGUAUUGUGUCUUUUAUCAGCCCACCUGCUUCAAUAAUGAAAAAAGAUGGUACGGAGACUCAGAAGAGAACCCUACACCUGAAGGACAUGUCUGGCCGAAGUGUAGAAUUAACUAUUUGGGGAAACCUUUUCAAUGCAGAAGGACAGAGACUGCAAAAUAUGUGUGAUUCGGGGGUUUUCCCUGUUCUAGCGGUGAAAUCUGGUAGAGUCAAUGAGUUCAACGGGAAGGCACUGGGGACUCUCUCUACAUCUCAAUUAUUUAUAGAGCCAAAUUUUCCUGAGACUCACGGACUGAAAGAAUGGUUUGACAAGGAAGGAAGGAACAUCCAAUCUGUGUCUAUUUCCAGGGAAACAACAAGUAUGGGUAGGACAGAUUUUCGAAAGACUAUAUCUCAAAUUAAAGAUGAGAAGCUGGGGACGUCUGAGAAGCCAGAUUGGAUCACUGUCAGUGCAACCAUUUCAUUCAUAAAGGUUGACAAUUUCUGCUACACUGCAUGCCCUAUUAUGAUUGGCGAUCGGCAAUGCAACAAGAAGGUUACAAAUAAUGGGGAUGGAAAAUGGCGGUGUGAAAGGUGUGAUCAGUCCAUUGAGGAAUGUGACUACAGGUAUAUACUCCAGCUCCAGAUACAAGACCACACUGGCUUAACAUGGGUAACUGCUUUUCAGGAAUGUGGUGAGGAGAUCGUGGGUGUACCUGCAAAAACUCUGUAUUUUUUGAAGUAUGAAGAGCAAGAUGAUGAUAAAUUUGGAGAAAUCAUUCGUAAGGUUCUAUUUACUAAAUAUAUAUUCAAGUUGAAAGUAAAGGAGGAGACAUUCAGUGAUGAACAGCGUGUGAAGUCAACAGUGGUCAAAGCAGAAAAGGUAAAUUUUGCUUCUGAAUCCAGAUUUCUUUUGGAUUUGGUGGAAAAGCUCAAAGCAGGGGACUACAGUUAUUUUUCAUCAAAUGUGCCUUACCCUAAAGCAGAGCCUAGUAGCACUGGAAUGAAUAAUACUAUAGUUGGGAAUAUUGGAAUUAGGCAACCGACACCACCGAUGGUGAACUACACUGGGAACAGUAACAGUCCUGGCAAAGUAUUUGGUGCAUCAUCACAUCACGUUGGUCAGUAUGGAAACCAGUAUAAUAGUUCUAUGGCUGCUGCAACUGGCACUCCUGGUCCAUAUCUACUCUGCAACAGUUGUGGGGGUACUGGUCAUAGCUCCACAAAUUGCCCAAGUAUCAUGAAUGGUCCUGGACAGUCCUUGGGAGGACAGGGCUAUGCCAACAGAGUUUCUUCAGGGCCGGGUGUUGGCGGCAGCUCUAGUGAAUGCUUCAAAUGCCAUCAAACGGGGCAUUGGGCAAGAGAAUGUCCAGGGCCGAGCACUGUUCCUCCAGCUUAUGGAAGCAGUGGGAGAUAUGGGAAUGUUCCAAAGCAACAACUUGGUGGCUUUUGAAAUCACCUGGAAAAUUGAGAUAGUAGACUGUUUGUAAAGCAUGGUGCAGGUUUUCCUCAUCUUGAAUAACAGACUUAGCAUUUUGACGCUCUCUUUCUGGUUUGGAUUGCUGAGUUUUUACUGUACAGCGGAGAGCUGAGACCGUGGUGUCCAUUGGAGCCGCGCGAAGUUUUUACUUUUUAGGUCAUUUUGUAAGCAUGGUUAUGGGUUCCAGCUUUAGGGUUGUAUCUGUCGGUAGUGAAACCUAGUGAGCAAGUUAAUGGGAUGCAUCUUUCUUUUUCCUGUAAAAUAUUUUUCUUGUGGGUUUAUAAGUACUUCGACUCUGCUUUUGAGUUAUUGCA